UUUCCGGAAGACGUGGCUGUUGAUGCUGUCCGUGGUAGCUGUCAUCCUACCCAUUACCAGAGAGAUAUUACCAGAUUGCUUUUAGUUUAUUGGUUUCUCUGGUUUUAUUCCUUACUUACCGGCGGAGCGUCGAGAUGAUUUCGCUAACGGAUUCCCAAAAGAUUGGAAUUGGAUUAACAGGUUUCGGCGUGUUUUUCCUCUUCUUUGGGAUGAUCCUGUUCUUUGACAAAGCCCUUUUGGCCAUUGGAAAUAUCUUGUUUGUCGCUGGCCUCGCCUUUGUCAUCGGCCUGGAGAGGACGUUCCGCUUCUUCUUUCAGAAGCACAAGUUGAAGGCCACCAGCUUCUUCCUGGGAGGGGUGUUUGUAGUUCUCAUCGGCUGGCCCAUCAUUGGAGUGGUGCUGGAGGUCUACGGGUUUUUCCUCCUCUUCAGGGGCUUCUUCCCAGUCGUUGUAGGCUUCAUCCGAAGAAUACCGGUCCUGGGUUCCAUCCUAAACCUGCCGUUCAUCAGCGCGCCUUCCUAAGUUUCCGAGGAUAAUCGGCGGCUGUGGUGGUUUGGUGAAGUAAUAUUUGCCCUUCAGAUGUCAGGAUACCAGACGCAGUGUCUGUGGCGAUCUUGAUGCUGAAGCAGCAGAGGGACCCCCGCGCUGUUCUCAGCGGGGUGGGGGGGCUCACUGACAUCUCUCCAGCAGCCUGUAUUAUCCAUCCCUGCCGCGGCCGGCUCCUGUAGCGGCCUCUGGGCGGCAGCGAUGCUCCAGUUCAGGCAGGUGGAAUCAACCGCUUGAUUGUGCCGCACAUGGAGGACACUAAGCAUCCACAUAAGGAACGUCGGUCCGCCUGCUCAUCCAGAACAUGAAACCCAGAAGUCUUGCGUUUUUGUAGCCCUGUUGAAAAAGAGAAACCCACCUUGUUUUGCAACAGAUGGACAUUUUCAAGAAGAAGUGACAUUUUUAGUGGAAUUGUAGCUUAAGGUUUAUUCUGCCCAGCCUCCAUCUCCUAGCACUCCGCUUCUGUCCGUCCACACCCUGUCGGGUGGCUGU